AUGCGAGAAUUUAUAAAAGAACUUUCAUUUCGACGUCUUCUUGAUUCAUUAAAAUUAACACCUAAACAUCGUUUAGUUGAAUUUGGAGACAUUUGGGCUGAAAUAUUUCUUUGGUGUUUUAUGACUUCAAUUGUUGUACAUUUAAUUGCUAGUAUAAUUGCUGUUCGAUCAUUACGAAGUCAUAAAAUUGGACGCUGGUAUUCAGUACUUAUCCUUCUAGCAGGAAUUAUAACACCAAUUAUUCCAUCAGCAUUUACUAGUGGACUUCUAUCAGCAAUGUUUUAUGCUGCUUCCGUAGAAAUAAAACCAUUCUUUUGUUGUUUACUUGGUGUUGGACAAACUUUUAUUAUACUAUCCUUUUCAUUCCUAAAAAUAUUAUCUACAUUAUGA